CAGUAUAGCAAGCAUACUUAUAUCUCGGAGAACGCUUUGCUACCGGGACAGGUAAAGACGCAUUAUAGCUGGUCAGAGGUCAGCGAGGCUAAUGCAUAUGCCGAGUUGAUAGAGUCACUCGUGAAUGCUAGUAGCCUGGAGAAGGCAGCAGCUAUCGAAAGAGAAUUAAGAAAAUCUGGUUUCAAAACUGCAACACAGAAUUUCACCGUGAAUGUUCUUGGAAAGCCGAUAACCGGUGUGAAUAUUUUUGCUGUUCUUAACGCUCCAAGAGGAGAUGGUACGGAAGCACUAGUGUUGAGUGCGCCUUGGAAGUCAAAAGAUGGGAUCACCGAUAACAUAAAUGGAGUUGCGGCCGCGCUUUCGAUAGGCAAGUCACUGAAAAAGUAUACAUAUUGGUCAAAGGAUAUCAUUCUUUUAAUAUCCGACGGAGACGAAAUCGGCGUUCAAGCGUGGUUAGAGGCGUAUCAUGAUUAUCAGAUAUCAGGUUCACCUUUACUCUUGCGCUCGGGCGCAAUUCAAGCAGCCGUGAAUUUGGACUUUCCUGGUACUCAUUCGUAUCACGCGUUGGGCUUGUUCUUUG